CAUUCAAUGGCCCACGUGUCGGAAAACGGCAGUGAGAAGAUGGCGGAGGUAGAUAAAGAUGCAGAGCUGCUCAAGGAGAAGGCGAAUGAGUAUUUUAAAGAAAAAGAUUAUGAAAAUGCAAUCAAGUACUACACAGAUGCACUGGAGCUCAAUCCGUCCAAUGCCAUCUACUACAGCAAUCGGAGCCUGGCAUACCUACGCACUGAGUGCUAUGGCUACGCCCUGGCUGAUGCUACAAAGGCCCUGGAGAUUGACAAGCAGUACAUUAAAGGAUAUUAUCGCCGUGCCACCUCAAACAUGGCCCUGGGCAAGUUUAAGGCUGCACUGAAAGACUAUGAAACGGUAGUGAGAGUUCGACCAAAUGACAAGGAUGCAAGAAUGAAGUAUCAGGAAUGCAACAGGAUUGUGAAACAGAAAGCUUUUGAGAGAGCCAUUGCCAGUGAUGAGAGAAAAAAAUCUGUUGUGGACUCUCUGGACAUUGAAAACAUGACAAUUGAGGAUGACUACGUUGGCCCAAAACUUGAAGAUGGGAAGGUUACGUUGAAGUUUAUGAAGGAAAUGAUGGACUGGUUUAAGGAACAGAAGAAACUUCACAGAAAGUGUGCUUAUCAGAUUUUGGUGCAGGUGAAAGAUGUUUUAUCCAAACUUCCAAGUCUUGUUGAAAUUACAUUAAAAGAGACAGAAUCAAUUACUAUAUGUGGUGACACACAUGGACAAUACUAUGAUCUUCUCAACAUGUUCAAGUUAAAUGGCUUACCCUCAGAGACCAAUCCUUAUCUCUUCAAUGGCGACUUUGUGGACCGUGGCUCUUUUUCUGUUGAGGUUAUUCUUACCCUCUUUGGCUUCAAGCUGCUCUAUCCUGACUGUUUCCACUUGCUACGAGGUAACCAUGAGACAGACAACAUGAACCAGAUGUAUGGAUUUGAAGGGGAGGUUAAAGCAAAGUACACAGCCCAGAUGUUCCAGUUGUUCAGUGAGGUCUUCCAGUGGCUGCCUCUUGCACAGUGUAUUAACAACAAAGUCCUAGUUAUGCAUGGGGGUUUGUUCAGUGAGGAUGGAGUCACAAUGGAAGAUCUGAGAAAGAUUGACAGGAACAGGCAGCCACCAGACUCUGGUCCCAUGUGUGAUCUCCUCUGGUCAGAUCCACAGCCUCAAAAUGGUCGGUCAAUCAGUAAACGGGGGGUAAGCUGUCAGUUUGGGCCAGAUGUGACGGCACGCUUCCUGGAACAGAACAAGUUGGACUUCAUUGUGCGUAGUCAUGAGGUCAAAGCUGAGGGAUACGAGGUCACUCACUCAGGAAAGUGUAUCACAGUGUUCUCAGCCCCCAACUACUGUGAUCAGAUGGGAAACAAAGGAGCUUAUAUCCACCUCAUGGGAUCUGACCUCAAGCCAGAAUUUCACCAGUUCACUGCUGUGCCUCAUCCAAAUGUCAAGCCCAUGGCGUAUGCUAACACGCUAAUGCAGCUGGGAAUGAUGUAGAGUCUCAAACUAGUCUGUCUGUGAAAUCAACGAUGUCCCAUCUCACCUGAACCAUCCUGGCCAUCUUACGCCCUGCGGUGCUCAGACACAGACUUGUUCGUGCUUGGCUUAAGGGAUCCCUGGGAUAGACAAAUGUCCACUGGCAGUAUGCAUCAACUUCAUGGUGUAGUUCAGAUGGGAA